AUGUGUGACUUCAUGCUUUCACGCAUUGCUAUUUUAGAAGCAAGCAGUACCCCAACAACGCAGCAAGGAGUGCGGGUUGCUGAGCAGCAGUGUAGCAGUUCACGGAUCAUGUCAACCAGUAGCCAGACCCAGAAGACAGAGGAUGAAGAGCAGGCGGAGGUGGCUGCAGUCGGGAUGGUUCCCCAGGAGCCGAGCGGAGAUGGUGGAGUGGCCAUGGCUGGUUUCCCCGCCUCAUCUGCAGGCCCUCCUAAUUCUGUCCCCUCUCUCCGUCCCUUUCCAGGCUCCUCCUCCCACUCCGUGCACUAUUUCUCCACUGCUAUGUCUGAACCCAAUCAGGGCUUUACCAAAUACAUCGCAGUGGGAUACGUGGACGGCCAGCUCUUCAGCCAUUAUGACAGCAUCACCCGGAGAGUGCAGCCUCGAGCGCCCUGGAUGGAGAAGAUGAUGGAGGAAGAGGAUCCGGAAUAUUGGGAGAGGAACACCCAGAUAGAACAGGUUAACGAGCAGGUGUUCAGAGAGAACCUGGCCAUCCUGAAGCAUCGCUACAACCACAGCGGAGGAUUUCACUCCCUGCAGUGGAUGUACGGCUGUGAGCUGAGGGAGGACGGGAGCAAAAGAGGGCACAUGCAGGACGCCUAUGAUGGGAGAGACCACCUCGCCCUCGACAAGGAGACCCUCACCUGGACGGCAGCCGAUCCCAAGGCCCAGAUCACCAAAGAGAAGUGGGAGAAGACUCCUGCCUUUGCCCAGACACUGAAGGCCUACCUGGAGGGGAAAUGCCUUGAGGAGCUGCAGAGAUUCCUGAACUACGGGAAGGAGAGGCUGCUGAGGAGAGAGGCCCCAGUAGGGAAGGUGACCCGCACGUUCGUCUCCAAAGAGAGGGAGAUGCUGGUCUGCCAGGCCCACGGCUUCUUCCCCAAGGAGAUCGAUGCCACCUGGAGGAAGGGCGGGGAGAUCAUGGAGCAGGACACCUUCCGGAGGAACGUCGCUCCCAACUCCGAUGGGACCUACCACGCCUGGCUCAGCAUCGAGAUCAACACCGGAGACAGAGACCUGUACCAAUGCCACAUCGAUCACGCUGGCCUGAUGGAGCCUCUUGUCUUGGCCUGGGAAGCGCCUGGUGCUCCUGUGUGGCCCACUGUGGGAAUCAUCUUCGGGGUCCUGGCUGCUCUCCUCCUGAUGGCUGCUGGGAUUGUCUUCUUUCGCAGGCACCAGCAACAGGGAGGACCCUUGUAAAGCAGCAUUCACUGAGUCCUCCAUCACUUGAACCUUAUUUCAGUCGAGUUCAGAAGCAGUCCUUCCCAAGACACUUCCUCACUCUCACGAGCACCUCUUUCCCUGGCUGGAAACAUUUAUACACCUUCUGAUGUGGGAGAGGCCUGCUCGGCAGGGAGGAAACCAACCGAGAAGAAGGGGAAAAGGGAAAGUGGUCCUUUAAAUGGACUUCAGUGCCUUCUGCUGCCUGGCUGGAUAGCUCAGCAAGUUAGCUAUCCAACUUCAGAGGCUGGGGAUUCAAUUCUCCACUGUGCCUCCUGCAAGGAGAGGCAGCCUGUGUGGCCUUGGGCAAGCUGCACAGUCCCAGGGCACCCCUCCAGAGGAACGGAAGGGGAAACUACUUCUGAAUACUCUCUUCCUGAACAACUUCAAAAAAGUUCACGAUGAGUUAAAAAUGACUUGAUGGCACAUCAGAAAAAAUGCUUUCUGAAUUUGUUAGAUGCUGCUUAAUACUGGGGGGUACACAGAAACAUUGAGAAGAAAGAGGAAGGGAAAAGGGUCUCCUUGCCUUCAUUUAAAAAGACGUUAAUACUUUCUUCUGUUUAAUUUUGAGGUGGGGGGGCACAAAAUGAAAAAUAUUUUCUCUUUGGAGGGGCAGAACAUGGGUUUCCAUCCCCACUGAGAUGCUAAUACUGUUCAGAUGGGCUAGUAAUAUAUGAACCGCUGCUGAGGAAAAGGUUUUAAGGGGGAAAUUAUCCUUCUGCCUUUUUAAAUGUGUUUUAAAAUUUGUUUUGACCAGCUUUUAUUUAAUUCCUUUCAAUAAUUAAUAUUCAGAUAUUUUGUAUAUCUCAGAACAGUCAUCAUUAGAUAUUUUAAAGGUUUUUAAAAAUGUCUUCAAAAUGGUUCUUAAAUCUUGACCAAUGUUUAUAGUUUUCUACAGAAUUUUUAAAUUGUUAUUGUGUGAUUUUAAAUGUUGUGAACCGCCUUAGGGAGAAAAGUGGCUUAUGAAUAAAACAAUAAACGAUAAAUAAAUAUUG